AUGGGUUCCAAGUUUCCUACAAGUCCAGCUUUCAAUACUCUGUCCUUCAGCUCUUGGUUCAGAAAAUAUAGGUUCUGUACUCAAGGCCUACAACUGUCCAGUGCACAUUACCUGACCCCUGAUUGUUAUUGCUUAGUCACUCAGCCGUGUCUGACUCUUUGCAACUCCAUGGACUGCAGCACCCUAGGCUUCCAUGUUCUUCAUCAUCUUCCGGAGUUUGCUCAAACUCAUGUCCAUCAAGUCAGUGAUGCCAUCCAACCAUCUUGUCCUCUGUCAUCCCCUUCUCCUCCUGCCUUCAGUCUUUCCCAGCAUCAGGGUCUUUUCCAAUGA